CGGACAGAUGUGCUAAAAUGACUUUCUACAGGAGGUCUGAGAUGGAUGAUCUGGUGUUUGCCGGGAGUCUGAUAGAAGAGAUCAACCAGGUGGACAAGAGGGUUGGAUGUUUCUCUCAGUGUCAGUGGCGGGUGAGGUGUAACCUGGUCUUGUACAACCCGCUCACUAGGAAGUGUAGAUUGUACACUGAAGCCUUUAGCUCGAGCAGUGACGGCACAGUUGAUACUGGAUGGCAGUACUAUGGAGUUUCCUGUGCCAACUAUAAACUUGAAAAUGCACGUGUAGAUGUUGACGUCAUCAAUGCUGACCCUAAAGAUGUCUGCAACACCAACAUCAUUGCCUCCGACGACAACACAUCUUCCUGUUAUACCGGUGCAUCAUGGGAAGUGGUGCCAGUCAAGUGUGUGUCGUGUUAUAUAGGCACGGCACGACCGUCCAUGGUGGGUUCAUAAUGAUGACUGGUUUGUCUUUAUUGUCGACAAUGAUAAACAAAACAAGGUUGAACUCCAUUUAAAUAUGUAUUCCUUGAUCCCAAAUCGAUCAAUGUUGUCUAUAUAAG